AUGGAGGAUUAUUCGAAAGCACUUGAAUUUUACGCAAAAGCGCAUGAACUAAAAGGAAAAAGUCUGCCUUCAAAUCAUCCAGAUUUGGCUAUUUCCUACAACAACAUCGGUGGAGUGUAUGAUAGCAUGGGUAACUAUUCGAAAGCACUUCAUUUUUUCGAAAAAGCAUAUAAAAUAAGAGAAAAAGCUCUGUCUCCAACUCAUCCUGAUUUGGCUCAAUCCUACAGUAACAUUGGUCUAGUGUAUAAUGACAUGGGUGACUACUCGAAAGCACUUGAGUUUCUUGAAAAAUCGCUUGAAAUAAGAAAAAAAGCUCUUACUCCGGAUCAUCCUGAUUUGGCUACGUCCUACAAUAACAUGGGUCUAGCUUGUGACAACAUGGGUAACUACUCGAAAGCACUUGAAUUCUACGAAAAAGCACAUCAGCUACUCGAAAAACGUCUGCCCUCGGAUCAUCCUGAUUUGGCUCUUUCCUACAACAACAUCGGUGCAGUCUACGAAAGCAUGGGUGACUAUUCGAAAGCACUCGAGUUUUUCGAAAAAGUAUAUAAAAUAAGAGAAAAGGUUCUGUCUCCAACUCAUACCGAUCUGGUUAUUUCUUGCAAUAACAUCGGUCUGGCUUAUAACAACAUGGGGGAUUACUCAAAAGCAAUUGAAUUCUACGAAAAAGCACAUAAAAUAAAAGAAAAAGUUCUACGUCCCAAUCAUCCCGAUAUGGCUCUGACCUACAACCUCAUCGGUGGAGUGUAUGAUAGCAUGGGUGACUACUCGAAAGCAAAUGAGUUUUUUAUAAAAGCACAUAAGAUACUUGAAAAAGCUCUGCCUCCAACUCAUCUCGAUUUGGCUCAAUCCUAUAACAACAUGGGUCUAGUGUAUAAUGACAUGGGUCAUCACUCGAAAGCACUUGAAUUUCUGGAAAAAUCACGUAAAAUAAGAAAAAAAGCUUUGCCUCCGAAUCAUCCUGAUUUGGCUACUUCCUAUAAGAAUAUCGGUCUAGUGUAUAACGAUAUGGGUGACUACUCGAAAGUACUAGAAUUUUUCGAAAAAGCAAAUCACAUCCUCGAAAAGGCUAUACCUGCAAAUUAUCCUGAUUUGGCUGAAUCCUACAGCAACAUCGGUCUAGUGUACAAUUGGAUGGGUCAUUACUCGAAAGCACUUGAAUUUUUCGAAAAAUCACUUAAAAUAAAACUAAUAGUUUUGCCUCCGAAUCAUCCCGAUUUGGCAGCUUCCUACAACAUGAUUGGAUCAGUGUAUUACCACAUGAGUGACUAUUUGAAAGCAAUUAAGUUUUUCAAAAAAGAUUUGAAAAUAGCAAAAAAUAUUUCGCCUCCAAGUCAUCCUGAUUUGGGUUCUCCAUAUCAAUGGCUCGAUCAAAAAAUGCUACCUGAUCGACAUCCGAAUUUCGCUAUAACAUAUAGUCAUAUUGGUGAUGUUUAUCGAUUAAUGGGAGAAUAUGAAAAGGCAUUUUCAUGUCAUCGAAAAGCAUUAAAUAUUCAAGAAACUGUUCAGUGUAAUCCUCUGGAACGUGCAACGAUAUAUACAAAUCUAGGUGAAACGUAUGGGGAAAUGAAUGAUUAUACAAUGGCAUUGAUGUAUUUUCAAAAAGGAUUAGAAAUUCGUGAAAAGAAACAACCAAAAAAUCAUCCUGAUUUAGCUUUAAUCUAUCAUAGUUUAGCGAAAUUAUAUUUGGCUACUGAAGAAUAUAGUAUGGCAAUGAAAAAUGUCCAACAAGCGAUAGAAAUCGCUCAAGAAAAAUUGCCUUCAAAUCAUCCUCAUCUUUUGAACUAUAAAGAAACAUUUGAAAUAAUUCGAAAGAAGUUGUAA